GAAUGAGGUCGCUCGCCAGAUUGCUGAUUGAGGGCGCUGUUUUCAAACAGAAGAAAAGAAAUGUGUUUUGGAGCAUUUGGAGCAAACAACGUUUCAGAAUCUCGCCCUGAGGAUGUUCUCAUCAGGAUCACCUAGCAACGCUCCAGUUGAGUGCAAGACCCUCCAGCACUACCUGAUCAACAGCACCUGUAAGAGGGCGCCCUCCAUUGAGCCCACCACAAUGGAGAAUGAUAUUCUAUCCAUUACAGACAGCAGUCAUCACUGUGCCUCGGUACAGAGCGAAUUCAGCACCAAACUACUGGCUAACCUGAACUCGGGAAUGCCAUCUGAUUGGGAACUGAACAAGAGGAAGGAAAGGUACCAGACUGGCCUGAAUCCGAGUUUGAGGGAGUUUUGCGGCCAUACAACUUGCAGAGACACAUGCCUGUUUGAGACUUACCAGACAUCUCGAGAACCCACACCUGACAGAGACGCUGGAAACGGUGAGGACGGCAAACCUCCAAGUCUCUCCUACCUACCAGAAAGGCAGCAUGAGUAUCGAUGGGACGGUCCACCAGUGAACACCCAGGGUGACUUACAAAGGGACCUAGACACGCAACAGACUGAACCAGAUGAUGUACUGAGUGGAAUAGAUUACAGCUUGAGCCAGUUAGUCGAGGCAGAGAUUGAAGCCUUCAGAGUCAACCUUCACAACCUCAUAUCCGACCACCAUCAGCAGCACAGGCAGUUGCUUUCCCCUGGGAAUGAGGCAGUCACUGAACAGAGAGCAGUUUAUGAUCAACCAGCCGGCAACGGGGACGCAAACUAUGCAUGGUCUCCUAUGAACUCCUCUGAGAAACCACAAAUGGAGGAAUCUUCUAGUUCCAGCUACAGCAUGCAAGAUGAGGAAACGAUUCAACUCUAUCAUCCGAACAACAGUCUUGAAGAUGAAGUUAACAGUGCGCUACUCCAACUACUGACUUCUGCCAGUGCAGUUAGCCACGCCCUCAGAAGACAUGAAUAUUCAACGUGACCUGAUUCUAGUUUCAAACAUGGACCUUUGGGUUAUGAAUAUGCAAAAAAAAUUUAAAUAUUGAUAAGAAGUUGUUGAGAGGAUUGUUACCAAGAAUAUGCAUGUUGUAAAAAUCCGUCCCUUUAAUAUCACAAGUAUUUGCCGAUAAAUAUAAACCAUGUUAUGUACAACUGUUCACGUCAUCCAUGUUCAUUCUGAAAUUUAAAUAAAUGUUAAGUGUAAAACAAAAACA